ACUGUCGCGACGCAUUCUGUCCCGACCGCCGCAUGCAGCAGUUGCGCCCGCGCACGCUCACUCCAACGCGGACUCUAUAACGUUUUAAAUAUGUUUUCGAUUAUAGUGCUGAGGUGAAAAAUUAUUUCUUGUUUAAUAGUGAACCAAAGUGAAAUAAAGUGCUAGUGAAGGAUUUGCUGAUCGUGUUUAACCCUUUAACAACUUAAGAUGGGUUGCAAAUUAACAUUCGUCGACGACGUGCUAAAUCGUUCGUUUUACAAACUGGGUUUAAUAGUGGGGAAGCAGCCGGGGUACUUCAUCAUCAUCCCAGUUUUGCUGACCCUACUCAUGGUUACCGGUUACCAACGGGUGCACUAUGAGAUGGACCCUGAGUAUCUCUUCUCGCCAGUCAGUGGCCAGGGGAAGCUGGAGAGGAGAAUAGUCGAAGAGCACUUCAAAGUCAACUACUCCCAUAGGUUUAACGUCGGGAGGAUUACUCGAGCGGGUAGAUUUGGCAGAGUAAUCAUAGUAGCAAAGGACAAUAUCACAAACAUGCUGCGGACAGAAGUGUGGAAGGAGCUACGUGAGCUGGACGAACUGGUGCAGAACAUAACAGUAACGCUGCCAACUGGAGAAACAUUUACAUACAGAGAGGAAUGCGCCAAAUGGGAGGGGCAGUGCUUUGUCAACGAUAUUCUCAAUCUGGAUAAAAUUAUCGGCGAGGUGGAGCGUGGAGAAUUGAACCUAACUUUUCCUAUAAUGUUCAACCCUGUGACGUGGGAGGCACACGCGUUCCCCGUGUACUUCGGCGGGGCCACUGUUGUUGAUGACACGAUCGUAUCCGUACCCGCUGUACAACUCGUAUGGUUCGUCAGGACUGAUAACAAAUUACAACAGGAACGAGGCGCAGCGUGGGAGGAUGCAUUUCUCGACGAAGUGGGCAUUGCCGAGGACACAGGCCGAUUUAAACACAUUUCCGUCGCCCGCUUCGCAUCUCGAACUCUCGACCACGAACUGGAGAAGAACACACGAACUGUCAUACCUUUCUUCAGCUCUACCUUCAUUUUAAUGGGCAUUUUCUCCAUCAUUACCUGCAUGAUGGGAGACUGGGUACGCUCGAAGCCAUGGCUCGGUCUUCUUGGAAAUAUUUCCGCGGUCAUGGCUACGGUAGCGGCAUUUGGAUGCGCGAUAUAUUUAGGAAUUUCAUUCAUUGGAAUAAAUUUAGCUGCGCCAUUCCUAAUGAUCGGUAUCGGCAUAGACGACACAUUUGUGAUGCUUGCCGCAUGGCGUCGCACGUCCCCGCGGCUGUCGGUGCCCCAGCGCAUGGCCACCAUGCUGUCUGAGGCAGCUGUCUCUAUCACCAUCACCUCCGUCACAGACAUGCUUUCCUUCUUCAUCGGCAUCUUCUCGCCUUUCCCGUCCGUGCAGAUAUUCUGCAUGUACUCAGGUCUGGCUGUAUGCUUCACGUUCGUGUGGCAUUUAACAUUCUUCGCGGGCUGCGUGGCGGUGUCGGGCUACCGCGAGAAGCAGAACCGACACACCAUCACCUGGCUCAAAGUAUUGCCGGAGUCGAGAGCACGAAAAGAAGAGAAGUCAUGGCUUUAUCGGAUAUUCUGCAGCGGUGGUAUAGACGUUGCCGAUCCGGACAACCCGAUAGAUAACAAAGAGCAUUGCAUCAUGGCUUUCUUCAAAACCACAAUGGCGAAUAUACUCAACAACAGUUUAGUAAAGGCGCUUGUGAUCGUCGUAUUCUUGUUGUAUCUUGCUGGAGCCGGUUAUGGAGUAACGAACCUUAAAGAAGGUUUAGAAAGAAGGAAGCUGUCUAAAGUCGAUUCGUACUCUGUAGAGUUCUUUGAUAGAGAAGAUCUUUAUUACAGAGAAUUCCCGUAUAGAAUACAGGUUGUGAUCACUGGGAAUUACAAUUUUUCCGAUCCACAAGUCCAAGACGAAGUUGAAAUGCUGACCCAAAAGUUGGAGAAUACAUCGUACAUAUCGAACUCUCUGUACACAGAGUCCUGGCUGCGAACUUUCGUCAAUUACGUAUCGAGGAAUAACGACUAUCUGAACGUCACUAUCGAUAAUGAAGUUGAUUUUAUAAAAAAUCUGAAAGAGUUAUGGCUGUUCCCCGCAAAUCCGUUUUCUUUAGAUGUUAAAUUUAACGAAGCAGGGGAUCAAAUUGUCGCGUCUAGAUUUUUAAUUCAAGCGAUCAAUAUCAGUGGUACGAAUCAUGAGAAAGAAAUGGUGAAAGCUCUCAGGGAGGUCGUGGCGGAGUCUCCUCUCAACGCUUCUGUCUUCCAUCCAUACUUCGUCUUCUUUGACCAGUUUGAACUCGUCAGACCAACGUCACUUCAAAAUCUAUGCUACGGAGCACUCAUGAUGAUGAUUACGUCGUUUAUAUUUAUCCCGAAUAUCUUAUGCUCUCUAUGGGUAGCUUUCAGUAUAAUAUCUAUAGAGAUUGGAGUCGUAGGAUACAUGGCACUAUGGGAUAUCAACCUAGAUUCUAUAUCCAUGAUCAAUUUAAUAAUGUGCAUUGGAUUUUCCGUUGACUUCACAGCCCAUAUCUGUUACGCUUAUAUGGCUUCUAAAGCAAAAACCCCUGAUGAGAGAGUAAGCGAAUGUUUGUAUUCUUUAGGACUACCAAUAGUUCAGGGCUCAUUCAGUACUAUUCUAGGAGUAGUGGCGUUGUUACUGGCAGACAGUUACAUAUUUUCGGUCUUCUUCAAAAUGGUAUUCAUGGUUAUAUUCUUUGGAGCGAUGCACGGAUUAUUCCUGUUACCAGUUUUACUAUCCCUCUUCGGCCCGGGAUCUUGCACGAGAAGAACUAAUGACGUUAAAGUGUCGAAAGUAGAGAAACCUUUUCCUCAUCCGUAUAUUUUACCUCACCCACAACUGGUAUUAAACGAUCAGAUCUUUAAUGGAAAAAAUAUCAGUCCCAACGGUGUGUACAAGAUAUACGGCGACGAUAAGGAUUUGGGUAUCGGCACUUCAGGCGAGGACACGAGCGAAAGCAGCUCCAACCAAUCCCAGAGACGACAGAUCGGCAACGAUGGAAAUUCUAGAAAGAAAUAUGAAGAUGGAUGGAAACGAUCGAAUUACCAGAGCACCAGUCAAUUUCAGCCUUCAGGUGAACUAGAUCUUUAUGGACAUGAUACAGACAGGACAUGGCAAAGACAGCGCCAUGAUGAUGGUCGUCGGACUGGAGAGAAUUACCGCAGAAGCCGUGAGUUGCAUAGAGAUGAUGAUUGGGUCGCACAACGCAAAACAAGCGACGCGGGUCCUCACCGCGAGGGGCCAUACAGGGUGAUGCGAGCGCACUCACAUCACAACAUCCACAGGACCCGCGCUCCCCGACGUUCCAACUCCCACCACAACCUAGAACACUUAGAUUACGUAGCGGAAAUGCGUUUUCCUUGACAGUAACCAAACAACCUCUCUAUUGUAUACAAAUUAAGAUAAAGUUUAAUUCAAGUGCUCAAUGUUUGGACCAAAGUUUUACUUUUCCUGUGUGGGAAUUGAAAAUGUUUUGCGCUUAAUUGUAAAAAAAGUUGUAUUAAUAUUAUUGUAAUGUGUAUUUUCCAUCGUAAUAUUAAGUGUAUAUGUAAUAUGCGAGACAUAACUAUGAAGGAUUGCGAAAGACCAAGAGCAUGAAAACUCUGCAUUUUAUUUUGAAAAACACAAAAGACCACAAAAAUCGUUUGAAUACAGCAUAUAAUGUGUCGCACAUCCCUAAUGUUUUCAAUUAUUUUGCGAUUAGAAAAUCCCAGUUUCGCGUACAAUAUGUAGAUAGGAAUUGAUAUUUAUAACACUAUGUUAAUGAAACACUUUAUCGGAGCAAGAGAUUGAGCAUGGUUAUAAAUAAUUUAUUUCGAGUAUCAUUACGAGUUCCUAAAGUCUAUAUAGAUAUAUAGUCUACAAAUAAAUCUAUUUUAAUUCAAUUGUGCUAUGAAGCUCUUAAUCUGACAAAGUGUUGUUCUUAGCUAUGAUAAGUUUUAUUGUAAUGUGGCUGUGAUUUUGCACUACCGAAACAUUUUUUUUAAACAGCAUGGGCAUGUUUUAGGAGUGCAAAAUCAUGGUUAUAAUAGAUCUGGGAAGGGUGUCUUAGCGUAUAGAACCUUGUACAUACGUGUAUGUAUCUCCAUCUAUAUACAAAGCUUUAACGUUACCUUUUUAAAACCGUGUACAUAUUAUUUUGUUAUAUUUCUGCUGCCAUGUAGUGUCCUACAUACAUUCUGUAUAUUAUUAUAGGUCAUAUCUCGAAUUUUGUACCAAUUAAAAAACCGGAAAUGUCUGACGACCGUACUUGUAGUCAAUUUUUACCUUUAUAAAUACCCGUACACAAUAACAUGGGACCUGAAGACAUAAGUCAUUGUAAAAGACGUAUUUUUAUACGCUAAAUGGCGGUGUAAUGUAUCAAAGUCCCAUGUGUUGCUUUUCUGUAUAAAUGAAAAUCAUAACUUGUGGCUGCUGCGGCCAUUGCUAAGGACUGAAUAAUGUAAAUAUAUUUUGAGGUUAUUUUAUAUGAAAUAAAAUUAGUUUUUUU